GUUAUAAGCCGUCGAAUCCCCAGCUGGUUUCAGAAUCAACAAAAAUAAUUUCCCCCAAAGCCAAAGGAAAAAGAUGAGCCUGAUCGUCCCACUGCCACCAAACCUCCUCCCAGAUCCGGCGAACCCGGAAUGGAUGAGCAAAGGCGACAACGCCUGGCAGAUGACGGCGGCGACAUUGGUGGGGCUGCAAAGCGUGCCAGGUCUGAUAAUCCUAUACGGCGGGGCAGUGAAGAAGAAAUGGGCCAUAAACUCAGCCUUCAUGGCGCUGUACGCCUUUGCGUGCGUGCUGGUGUGUUGGGUGGGGUGGGGGUACCGGCUGUCGUUUGGGGAUAAGUUGCUGCCGUUUUGGGGGAAGCUGAAUGUGGCGUUGGACCAGCAGUUUCUGCUGGAACAGGCGUUCAGUGGGAAGCUGCCGUCGGCGACAAUGGUGUUCUUUCAAUUCGUAUUUGCGGCGAUUACUCUGGUUUUGAUUGCAGGGGCGCUGCUUGGGCGGAUGAACUUCUACGCUUGGAUGCUGUUCGUGCCGCUUUGGCUUACGUUUUCGUAUACGUUUGUGGCGUUUAGUAUUUGGAGUCCGAAUGGUUUUUUCUUUAAGAUGGGACUCAUUGAUUACUCUGGUGGCUACGUCAUUCAUUUGUCCUCUGGCGUUGCCGGCUUCACCGCUGCAUAUUGGGUUGGGCCACGGCUGUCCAAAGACCGAGAAAGCUUCCCUCCAAACAACAUUCUUCUAAUGCUGGCCGGAGCAGGGCUGCUGUGGAUGGGCUGGACCGGGUUCAACGGCGGAGACCCAUACGCCGCCAACAUCGACGCCUCACUGGCAGUUCUCAACACCCACGUGUGCACCGCCACCAGCCUCCUCACUUGGCUCAUCUUCGACAUAAUCUUCUUCCGAAAGCCCUCCGUCAUCGGCGCCGUCCAGGGCAUGAUCACCGGCCUAGUUUGCAUCACCCCCGCCGCAGGAGUUGUUCAAGGAUGGGCGGCGAUUAUAAUGGGCUUGCUAUCCGGAUCCAUCCCAUGGUUCACAAUGAUGGUGGUUCACAAGAAAUCCGCCAUCCUCCAAAAAGUGGACGACACAAUGGCCGUGUUCCACACCCACGCCAUCGCCGGCAGCCUCGGCGGCAUUUUAAGCGGCAUCUUCGCCGAGCCACGCCUCAACUUCGUCUACUACGGCGCCUACAACAAGUACGUUGGCCUUUUCUACGGCUUCAACUCAAAGCAAGUCAAGCUCGGCUUCCGCCAACUCGGCGUCCAGCUCCUUGGUAUCCUCUUCGUCACCCUCAUAAACAUUAUCGUCACUAGCCUUAUAUGCGUCCUCCUCCAAUACAUCGUGCCACUCCGAAUGUCCGAGGAGGACAUGGCCAUCGGCGACGAGGCCGCCCACGGCGAAGAGGCCUAUGCUAUUUGGGGCCAGGGCGAGAAGAUGGACUCUUCUAAGUACGAUAUUGAAGUCCCCGUUGUGGCCAAGCAUAGGCAUGCAGGCCAUGUUGAAAUGGCAUGAGAUUCUUGGUUAUUAUCCACUCAGCUAUACUGAAAUUGAUCUUUACAUACUACCAUGCAACAACUUUUCUCGUUAAGGAGGCAUUUCUUGCAAAAUUGUAGUAUCGAUUCAGUGGUUUAAUUCGUGUAAUAAGAGCGAGCAUUUGGUUUAGUUAUGAACGAUGGUUUCAUAUAUAAAAAGUG